AAACGGAACUUUCGAUACACUGGUGAGCGAGAUUAUUGUUGUGUUGUAUCUCUUGAAGUUGCUUCGUCCCUGUCUCUCGUACACGAGGCCCUCUCUCUAGAGAGAGCGUGUUUUUAUGACCCUACGGAUUCCUGGCCAAGUGAAAUCUCAUCGUGUGCGACACGCGGUGUGCACAAGUGCUCGUAAGAUGUGACUUCUCGGUGUGCGACUGUGUGUGUGUGUGCGCCAUCCUUACGUCGUUUUGUCGAACGCUAAAAUCGUCUGACGCGCGAGUUCACGUUUCUAUCUUUCUCUCUCUCUCUCUCUCUUUCCGUGUUGUAACGUAUUUUCGUGUUGUAUUUCGCUAUACACCAGGAGUACGAGGCCGUACGGUACCCCUAUUGUCACCGCUGAUUGCGUAGUUCGCCGUCAAAUGACCUUAAGUUUCCUGGUGAGUGCAUCCUCACAUACAUGGAGUUUCAGCUGGAUAGUGCAGAAUACUGCCAGGCUCAACACAAAUAGAGAGACACGCCCAAACAUCCUAGAAUCAACUGGGUACCAUUAAAGAAAAAGAAAAAAAAACAUCAUAAUCAGGCAAAGGAAAAUUUGAUAUUAUUGGAAUUAUUGCCUCAAAGUCAAAAAAAAUUAAUCAUCAGCUGGUCAUCGUAUGAAACAUAGAAGAGUUAAAUAGAAUCAAUUGUUAAUUUACAUUAUUAAAUGCAAGAGUUGUAGUUACUGAGCGCACCUGAUUCAGGCGCACCCAGUGCCAAAUAGAUAAUCUUCCGAAUUGUAGUCGAGGAUCCCAAGUGGGAAUCAAUCGCAUAUCAACAACGCCUAAUGUAACGUAGCCCUCACCCUUUCAGUGAAAUUUGCACCUUAAUAACCUUUUUUGAGGUCUACAUGUAAACCCAUUGUUCUGUCCUCUGUAAAAAAAUAAAAAAGUAUUCAUAUAGUUAAAUGAAAAACAACUUUAUAAGACUGACAUCUAUGGGCUAAGUUGUCAAAUUCAGCCUUUAUCGCUUCGUAUAGUGUGGCACAUUGCAGAAAUAAAGAGAAACAGCGUUGUACAAAAUCAUUAAAAGAAAAAUUAGAACAAAUACACAGAAGUAGGAGUUAUUUAUUGCUUGUUGUCCAAGAGGAAAUGAGCAACAUGAGGGUGAAGGAUAUCAGGCCAGAGCCCGCCGAGAUUGAAUACAAAAACAUGAAGUUCCUCAUAACUGAUCGGCCCAACGAUCAGACCAUUCAUACUUUUAUUCAAGAACUAAAAAAGCACAAUGUGAAAGAAGUAGUGAGGGUGUGCGAACCAACGUACAAAGUCGAGGAACUUAAAGCAGAAGGGAUCAAUGUUAUAGACUUGGUAUUUGACGAUGGCACAUUCCCACCCAAUGAAGUCAUCGAUGAGUGGUUUGAACUGUUAAAGAAUCGAUUCCGCGAGUCUCCUGAUGCAUGCGUGGCAGUACAUUGCGUUGCAGGACUUGGUAGAGCACCGGUUUUAGUUGCACUUGCUCUUAUUGAGCUUGGAUUAAAGUAUGAAGAUGCAGUCACGUUGAUCAGGGAUAAAAGACGAGGCGCUAUCAAUUCGAAGCAGCUGGCCUAUCUUGAAAAAUAUCGUCCCAAAUCUCGGUUGAAGCUCAAAAAUGGACAAAAGAACUCCUGCUGUGUCCAAUAGAUCAAACGAUUUUUUUUUCUUUUUUUUUUUCUGUGAAAAGUUACUAAUUCAUACUGAUUGGUAUACCUAAUUGUAUAGGUUUUCGCGCCUGGUAACAAGAGACAUAAUUGUAUCGACUCUGUUCUGAAAGGCCUAUCAAUGGAAAUGCAACCGAACUACUUAAAAUAUGUUACAAGCAUACUCUUUCAUCAUCUAAUUCUCUAAAGCAAGAAAUUUAAAAGUGAAUUGCUUGUAAUUGUUUGCAUUCUGAUUUUAUGAAAUUUUUGUACUACACUUUUUAUUAAAUCAACUUUACUCGUUAUAGAACAAGUGAAACCUUGUGCGCGUGAUCAGAACAGUAAUGAAUUUGAAAUGUUCCUGAUCAUAAAUUGUACAAUAAAAGAAAUUGGAUCAACUUAUGCGUUAUACAGUAAUACUUAGUGCCUCGUUUAAAGAUAAUUGUGCAUAGGUAUUCUAGAAGGCUGCAUUUAUUUGGUCCAAGAAAAUAAAACAUGCAAUACUUAAUUAAUUAAUUAAUUUGUAAACAUUAGCCAAUACGUUAUUUAUGUUAAAUAUUUAAAAAAUGGUUGGAACAAGAACUUUAAAACUAGCAUGAAUUUUUAGCAAAAAAAGACGGUUCUUUCAGUACUGCGAUUGUACACAACCGUCACCAAACGUAGUUUAGAGAAAUUAGUGCAAUAAAAGGUUAUGUUUUACAGAAUGUUUGAUUGCAAAAAAUGCAUAAAUACUUUGCCAACACUUUUUUUUAGUGAUCUAUUGCGUUUGCAUUUAGAUCGCUAUGAUCGAAUCUUUCUUUACCGCAUUCGUUGCAAAACAUGUAUCCUUAACAGCGUGUGGUUCAGACAUUAUACCAUUUUCAUUCAAGAUAUAAUAUCUCGAUUAAAUUCAAUUCGUAAGUAUAGACAAUUUUGCUGUAAUCAAUUGACUGUGCAUAUUAUGUUAAAAGUAUAAUUUGAAGCAGUGAUGGAUACUUAUGGUGAUGAAUCUUUCAAUUUGAAAAUUUGAAAUUUCCAGAUUACAGCGUUUCUAAAUUUAAAACCUUGAUAUUUCUAUAUUUUUAAAUUCCCAAACUCUCAGUUUCCCAGAUUUAUUAUUUUCUACUUAAAAAAUUAGAAUUUUUGGUAGGGAAGCGCCACUACUCUGCCGGAAGUUUCUAUAAAAAUGUAAACUCUUUCAACUAUCAACAUUACUGCUUUUAAGUGCAGCUUGUAUUUUACAUAAUUAAUACAAAUCAACUUUGAACUGCAAUGUACAUAUAUUUUACUCAUUGCCAUACCUGUAAAGGAACUAUUAAAUUUCUAUAAAAUAAAUCACUGAUACAGUGAUUUAUAGAUAGUCGAAAUCUUCUAGUAUCAAUUCGUAAAUUAUUAACACGGACGAGAGAGAACAUUGCGUUGCAUUUCCAGUGGCAUGCCGAACUGAUAGGUAUUCUUAACUUUCACUGGACUUGAAAUCUGCGUUAACUUGAAACUAACGAAAUAUUGCGAAACGAAGUGAAAUGAAUCACUCCAGAGUUAUAUAUCACUUUUAUCGUAGCUUAACGGCAAUUUCACCAAAAUGAUUUUAAAGAAAAAACAUCCACUUUUAUUCGAAAAAAAUUUUAAAAGCUGCAUACGCGUUUUGUGUGAAGCAUGUAUUGUAAUCGUAUUUUGGUAAAAUUGUCGAUGACGCUGUACGCCACACUAAACUGUGUUCAAAAAAUAGAAAAAAAAAAUUCGCUCCUAAAAUAAUGAACGUAAUAUUUAGAUCAUUUCACGCGUCUGUCGAUACGUGAAUGUACCGUUUCUAUACAUGUAUUUAUAAUAUGUGAAUCGUUUUACUAUUUUCGUACUUGGCAGGGAUUAUGUACAAGAAUGAUGUGAAUUGUCGUUAGCUGUUUGUAUCUUAGUUUUCUUUUCAUGAUUAGCACGUAAGGUUUUUCUACGAAACUGACUACCGAAUUUAAUUGCACGAUUGUUGCGUCACCAGUGAUAAGGUUUGCCCUUUUUGUGCAUAAUUUUCUUUCAUUCAUUAGGUACUCCGCAAAACAAAGUACAUUCACCGUGAUCACAGACUGGAAAUGAUAUUUGAACCUGGUACAGCUCCUUUUUUGUAAUGUUAAAAAAAAAACUGCAAUAUUUUUUACCAGAGGAUGGGACGAGGGACAUUCUUAUAAGAAAAAAAUACUUAUCAAGCCUUAGAUCCGAAAUUGAAUGAAUAAUUUUUACUCGUUCAAUUUAUUAUUAUUAAUAUUAUUAUUUAGUUUACUAUUACACAAUUUGUCAUGAUCGCUAACAUUUGUUUUUGUUUCUCAAUGAUAGCCCUUUUAAAGUAAGAUAAUGAUACUUUAAUUAGGUAUACCUAGGACUCAUUGAAAAGAGAAAAAAAAAUAGUUACCAACGAAUUUUGAAACAUGUGAAAUUUCAUUUUGCACGUCGAUUCACUUCUUCAAGGCAAGAUGUACUUCAAUAU